UGUGAAGGAGAGCUGGAGGAGACCUGCUGAGGAAGGAGGAGAAGCUGCAGGAGGAGCUGAGUGUGAAGGAGAGCUGGAGGAGUCCUGCUGAGGAAGGAGGAGAAGCUGCAGGAGGAGCUGAGUGUGAAGGAGAGUUGGAGGAGUCCUGCUGAGGAAGGAGGAGAAGCUGCAGGAGGAGCUGAGUGUGAAGGAGAGUUGGAGGAGUCCUGCUGAGGAAGGAGGAGAAGCUGCAGGAGGAGCUGAGUGUGAAGGAGAGCUGGAGGAGACCUGCUGAGGAAGGAGGAGAAGCUGCAGGAGGAGCUGAGUGUGAAGGAGAGCUGGAGGAGAUCUGCUGAGGAAGGAGGAGAAGCUGCAGGAGGAGCUGAGUGUGAAGGAGAGCUGGAGGAGUCCUGCUGAGGAAGGAGGAGAAGCUGCAGGAGGAGCUGAGUGUGAAGGAGAGUUGGAGGAGACCUGCUGAGGAAGGAGGAGAAGCUGCAGGAGGAGCUGAGUGUGAAGGAGAGCUGGAGGAGACCUGCUGAGGCAGAGCUUCACCGGAGAGAGCAGAAUGAAGGGUGUUUGGGUGAUGAUGAUGUCCCUCCACCUCGCUGUUUCAGAGAACUUUAAGACGGUCAGUCCAGAUCCAUCUGUAGUAGCUGCCCCUGGUUCUGAUGUAAUCCUGCGAUGUUCUGUGCAGCAUUGGAAUGAUGACACCAGUCUGAGUGCUGUGGACAUGAACAUUACGUGGACCAGACCAGACCUGGGAGGUGCAAUUGUGCAUUUCUAUGCUAAUCAUACAGACAUUAACAAGAGGCAGAUUCCUCACUUUAGAAGGAGAACAGCUUUGUUUAAAGAGGAGCUACAGAGAGGCAUCGUCUCACUGAGACUCAGUAAUCUGAAUUUCCUUGAUGAAGGAGAGUACAAAUGCAGUGUGGAGUCCAAAUCCUGGUACAGUGAUUUCUCGUUUCAUCUCACAGUUGAAGCUAUUGGAACACCUCCACUCAUCACUGUGGAAAAAUAUGAUAGUAACUCUGAAGAGUUCAGUUUACUGUGUGAAUCUAAAGGGUGGUUUCCUCAGCCGGAUCUUCACUGGCUGGACAGUGAAGGAAAGAGUCUCACUGCAGAAGAUACAGAGUCACAGAGAGAAGCUGAGCUGUUCAAUGUGAAACGCCGAAUCACUGUGCAUAAGAAUGAGAUCGACACAGUGUUUUGUAAAGUGACACUGAAAGAUUACAUAAUGAAGGAAAAGAUCAAGGCUGGUGCCAUUUAUGAACACCUGCCUGCCUCAAAAGCUGCAAUUGUGGGUGGACUCAUUCCAGUGGUUUUAGGCCUCAUUGUGGUUGGUUUUAUUUACUAUCAUAAUGAAAAAAAUAUAAGAAGGAAAGAAGAAGUGGAAGAACUGAAAAGAGUGAAAUAUGCUUUUUGGAAGUCAGAAGUGAAGCAGCGUGAUGGAGCAUCAAUGUGGUCUCUUUUGCUGAAGUCAGAAAAGGAGCAGCCUAAUGAAGCGGCAGGAUGUGCUUUUUGGCUGCAAUCAGGAGAGGAGCAGCCUGAUGUCUUAAGGGAAAAGCUGCAGGAAAGAGUGGAAUCUCACUCUAGAGUUGUGCUACGUAAUCUUGAUCUCACAGAGAAAAGCUGUGCAGUUCUGGCCUCAGCUCUCAGUGCAAGAAAAAGUGAAAGAAGCGAAAGCGUAAAAUGUGAUAGCAAAAGAAGUAAAAGCCCAAAACUGACAGAACUGGACCUGAGUUAUAAUACACUGCUGCAGGAUUCAGGAGUGAAGAAGCUCUGUGAGGGACUGAAGAGUAACAGCUGUAAACUGGAGAAACUGAGGCUGAGGAGCUGCAGUAUUAAAUCUGGGGGCUGUGCUGCUCUGUUUAAUGCUCUGAAAUCAAACCCUUCACAUCUGACAGAGCUGGAUCUGAGCGACAAUAAGCUUGGAGAUUCAGGAGUGAAGGAGCUGUGUGAUCUUCUGAAGAAUCAAAAUUGUAAACUGCAGAUACUACAGCUUGCUGUCUGCAGGAUUACAGAUGAUGGCUGUGCUGCUCUGAUUAUAGCUCUGACAUCAAACCCAUCUCACCUGAAAGAAUUGAAUCUGAGCCGCAAUAAACCAGGAAAUUCAGCCGUGAUGGAGCUCUCUGUUCUACUGGAGAAUGCACAGUGUAAACUGCAGAAACUACACCUGAUUGGCUGUAAUCUCACAGAGGAAAGCUGGGUUGCUCUGGCCUCAACUCUCAAGUCAGAGAACUCAACACUGACAGAACUGGACCUCAGCAAGAAUAAACUGCAGGAAGCAGUGGUAACGGAGCUCUUCAGUGGACUGAAGAGUCCAAACUGUAAACUAGAGACACUGAGGCUGAUUGAGUGUAAUCUCAAAAAGGACAGCUAUGCAGAUCUGAAAUCAGCUCUCAGCUCAGAAUACUCAACACUGACAGAACUGGACCUCAGUUCAAAUGACCUGCAGAAUAGUGUGGUGGACGAGCUCUCGGUAGGCCUUAGAAGUUCAGAAUGUAAACUGACGACACUGAGGCUGAUUAACUGUAAACUUGAAGCGACAAAUUGUACACAUCUGGCCUCAGCUCUCAGCUCAAAGAACUCAACACUGAGAGAACUGGACCUGAGUAACAAUAAACUUCAGGAUCAAGUGGUGAAGGACCUCUCAGAGGGACUGAAACAUGAAAUGUUUAAACUGGAGAAACUGAGACUGGCUGAGUGCAAUAUUACAGAGAAUGGCUGUGAUGCUCUGUUUGAAGCCCUGAAAUUAAACCCCUCAUCAGGGCUGAGAAUGCUGAACCUGAACAACAAUAAAGCAGGAGAUUCAGCUGUGAUUAAGCUCUGUGAAGUACUAAAGAAUCCACACUGUAAACUGGAGAAACUACAGCUGUGGAGCUGCAGUAUUACAGAGGAAGGCUGUAAGGCUCUGAUUGAAGCUCUAAAAUCAAACCCCUCAUCUCAUCUGAGAGAACUGAACCUCAGUGGCAAUGAACCAGGAGAUUCAGGAGUGAAGCAGCUGUCUGAUCUACUGAAGGAUCCGGAUUGCAAAUUAGAGAAAUUGGAGAUCUGAACAUACAGACACCAAACCUGGAGAGACACACUGUACAUCACUCCUGUCAGA